AACUUUCAGAAAAAAGUAGUCACCAUGGCAAAGCGUGUUUGCUUGUCUGAUGUAAAAGCAUUCCAUGAAGUAUUUAAAAAGUCAAAAAAUAUUGUAGUCUUGACGGGUGCUGGAGUCUCAGCUGAAUCUGGUAUCCCUACAUUCCGAGGUUCAGGAGGCUUUUGGAGGAAAUAUCAAGCAACUGAUUUAGCAACGCCGACAGCUUUCAAGAGAGACCCUUCAUUAGUUUGGGAGUUUUACCAUUACCGCCGUGAAGUUGUGAUGGCAGCAUCUCCUAACAAGGCACAUACUGCCUUAGCUGAAGCUGAACGUCGACUCACAGCUGAGGGACGCCAAUUUAAUGUUGUUACUCAAAAUGUUGACGGGCUUCAUUUGAAAGCUGGGUCAAGUAACGUAUUGGAGCUGCAUGGUUCCCUCAUGAAGACUCGCUGUCUGAAGUGUGAAGAUGUUCGUGAGAAUAGAGACAGCCCCAUCUGUCCAGCUCUUGAGGGGCGUGGGUUGCCGGAUGUUAACAGUUGUUCCUCUUCCAUUCCCACUGAGCAGCUUCCAAGAUGUCAGUCUGGUUCUUGCAAUGGUCUGCUCAGGCCACAUGUGGUCUGGUUUGGUGAAAAUCUGGACAGCGGAGUCUUGGCUGAAGCUGAACGCCUCCUUUCAGCCUGUGAUUUGUGCUUGGUGAUUGGCACAUCAUCGGUUGUUUACCCAGCUGCUGCAUUUGCUCCUUCUGCUGCUGCACGAGGGAUUCCUGUGGCGGAGUUCAACAUAGAAGAAUCACCCACUGUUCACGAUUUGCUGUCGUUUUAUUUCAAAGGUCCGUGCGGUACAACCGUCCCAGAGGCACUUUCAGUCUGAAGGCUUUCAAGUGGAGCAAGAGGCCGACAAAAGUGGGUGGAGGGUGCGGAGGACUGUACUCAUUUUAAUUUUAGUUAAGGUUUACUUUAUCCAAUUUGUCGUAUUUAUUCUCUACAGCUAGCUGUGCACUGCAACAGUUUCUGUCCGUUUUCAGCUGACUGCUUUCAAGUGGUAAAGAUGUCCUAACGAUAUGUCAUGCUUAGGGAGUCAGAUCAGUGCGCUUUGUUAAAUUAAUAUUUUUAUUUAUUUAGUCGUUUUAGUCGUGGACAAGUUUGUAAAAUACUGAGCUAUUCACUUAAAAUUUCCGCGGACACGUUUUGUUACUAGCCAUAGACUUAUGUUAAAGCAUUCAAAUGAAAAUGGAAAACGUCUAAAACUGAA